CCAUUGCCUUUGCAGAUUGUCGAUCUGGAUCACAAGCGAAAUCAAAACCGGGAGGCCCUGAGAGCGCUGAGCAAGGAGGCAGACUCUUUGGACCCAGUCAUGGUUUGCUUAGGGAACAUGUUUGCACAGCUUCCUAAGAAGACGACUGAGGACAUGUUGCAGAAAGAUCUGGAACUCCUGGAUGAAGAAAUAGCCAAACUGCGGAAAGAGCUAAAAGUGAAGGUCAACCGUCUGUUGGAAGCUCAAGGUAAGCCGGAACUGAAAGGUUUUGAUCUGAAACCCUUGAACACUGAAGAAAUGUGGUUCAUGAGAAAGGUAGUGGAUGGCUGAAGAGGUCUCAUUCUGUGGUCUCCUUUGCUGCUUCCUUGGAUACAGCCUGACGAAGAACAUCUCCCUAUGCAAAAAGGCAGCUUCACUUGCAGAAAGGUGCUCCUGGAGCUGAGCAUCUCUCCACUCGCAUCUUUUGUGGGAGAUGCCUGGGGAGCCGGUGACGUUCCUGCCACCUGGAGCAAUGGGCUGAAGCAUUCUGCAGCAUUGACCACCUAUGUGGAGCAUGCAUCAGACCUUGAGGAGCACAGCAGCUGUCAUCAGUUUACAGUUUUGUCACUGCAAUGUUGUCGUCGAAUUCAGAGUGAAAGAAGCUUAGAACAAAAUUGUAAUUCCGCUCCGUUCUUGGCCAUGAAUGCAUGUUUAAAACACAUCUGGUUUUGUGAUAAUAAAUUGACCACUCAAACCCAAAA